AUGACAGAUUCUACCGCAGAUUCUAACGCAGCAAAUACACAGACGACUAGAGGACCUCCGAUUAUCGAUAAUUUCACUUUACUAUACUAUGACAAGACACAAGAAUUAAUAAAAAAGCCAUAUAAUGAUAGUAAGAACCUAAGUGAUGAAGAGAUUUUUCGAAAUCAUUUGUUUGAGACACUUGAAGCUAUAGCUCAGCUCAAGAAUGAAGUGGCCAACAAAAACCAGGCAAAAUUCUUGAUAGAAGAGAAGUUAAAGAUACAGUUAAGGGAUUCUAGAAACCAAACUAAGCAUUUUGGAGUUUUUGGUUCAAAUCAGUCUGCACUUUUGCAAGCAAUCGACUCAAACUACAAGCGCCUCAAACUUCUAUACGAGAAGAUAUACGCUAUACAAAUGGAUAUCCAACAUAUAUACAUGAGGUUGUACGAGGAUUUAGAGAAGAGGUGUGAACAUUUGGUGGAGAUACACAAAAAUUCUAGACUUUGUGCAGCAUCGCUUUACCAUCACAAGAAAAGAAAUACAUAA